AUGGAUGCCUGUGAAUCGUGUUUAGAGACGACUGUGCUAAGCUCAGAACAAGUGAUCGCGAAGAAAGGUAUUUCGUAUGUUACUGUGAACGAUCUGGUUACCGAACUGACCCCCGUGGCCCGUCGUCUGGUUCCGGAUUCGGUGAAGCAAGAGCUUGUCGACGCAAUACGUAAAUUUCUGCCAAAAGAUAGCGAAGAGAGCAACAAUGGCGAUGAUGAUGACAAAUGA